AGUGUGUUGGGUCAGGGGGUUUUCCUAACCAAGUGACCUGAUCAGGAAUGUAUUGUCUCUCUCUCUAUCAACAUGAUAAAUGUGCAACCAGAGGAAAAGAAACUCUGGACCACCUUUACUCCAUAUUCAAAGAUGCAUACAAAGCUCUCCCUCGCCCUCCAUUUGGCAAAUCUGACCAUAUUUCUAUCCUCCGGAUUCCUGCUUACAAGCAACAAUUAAAGCAGGAAGCACCAGUGACUAGAUCAAUAAAAAAGUGGUCAGAUGAGGCAGAUGCUAAACUACAGGACUGUUUUUCUAGCACAGACUGGAAUAUUUUCUGGUAUUCUUCCGAUGGCAUUGAGGAUUACACCACAUCAGUCACUGGCUUCAUCAAUAAGUGCAUCGAUGACGUCGUCCCCACAGUGACUAUACGUACAUAACCCAACCAGAAGUCAUGGAUUACAGGCAAAAUCCAACCUUAGCUAAAAGGGUAGAGCUGCCGCUUUCAAGGAGCGGGACUCUAACCUGGAAGCUUAUAAGAAAUCCCGAUAUGCCCUCCGACGAACCAUCAACCAGGCAAAGCAUCAAUACAGGACAAAGAUCACAUCAUACUACACCGCCUCCGAUGUUGGUCGGAUGUGGCAGGGCUUGCAAACUAUUACAGACUACAAAGGGAAGCACAGCCGAGAGCAGCCCAGUGACACGAGCCUACCAGACGAGCUAAAUUAUUUAUAUGCUCGCUUCGAAGCAAGUAACACUGUAACAUGCAUGAGAGCACCAGCUUUUCCGGACUACUGUGUGAUCACAUUCUCCGCAGCUGAUGUGAGUAAGACCUUUGAACAGGUCAGCAUUCACAAGGCCACAGGGCCAAACGGAUUACCAGGAUGUGUACCCGAGCAUGCGCUCACUAACUGGCAAGCGUCUUCACUGACAUUUUCAACCUCUCCCUGUCUGAGUCUGUAAUACCAACAUGUUUCAAGCAUUGCACCAUAGUCCCUGUGCCCAAGAAGACUAAGGUAACCUGCCUAAAUAGCUACCGACACGUAGCACUCACGUCUGUGUUUUUGAAAGGCUGGUCAUGGCUCACAUCAACACCAUUCUCCUAGAAACCCUAAACCUACUCCAAUUUGCAUACCGCCCCAACAGAUCCACAGAUGAAGCAAUCUCAAUUGAGAGGGGAAAUACCUAUGUGAGAAUACUGUUCAUAGACUACAGCCCAGCAUUCAACACCAUAGUCCCCUCCAAGCUAGGGACCUUGGGACUGAAGACCUCCUUCUGCAACUGGAUGCUGGACUUUCUGACGGGCCGGCCCCAGGUGGUGAGGAUAGGCAAGAACACCUCUGCCACACUGACCUUCAACACGGGAGGCCCUCAGGGAUGCGUGCUUAGUCCCCUCUUGUACUCCCUGUUCACCCAUGACUGUGUGGCCACACACGACUCCAACACCAUCAUCAAGUUUGCUGACGACACGAAGGCGAUGAGAGGUCAGAGACUUGGCAUUGUGGUGCCAGGACAACCUCUUCCUCAAUGUCAGUAAGACCAAGGAGCUGAUCGUGGACUAUAGGAGCAAGAGGGGAGAGCACGUCCCCAUCCACAUCAACAGGGCUGUUAAAGGGUCUUGCUCUGACCCUACCCACAAUCCCUAGACUGUAUACAAACCAUAUGCACACACACACACACUACAUUCACACUCCCACACAAAAUCCACACACACACAAACCGACACAACCCAAACACACAUGCGUACACAUUACACACUCUCACAAACAAACACACACCUUUACACUCAUUUGCUGCUGCUGCUCUGUUCUUUAUUUUGCUCUUAUUAUUAUUAUCUAUCCUGAUGCCUAGUCACUUUACCCUGCCUUGUACAUAUCUACCUCAAAUACCUCGUACCCCUGCACACUGAUUUGGAACUGGUACUCCUUGUAUAUAGCUUUAUUAUUGGGUAUUUUAUUACACCGUUACAAUAUAUACAGUACCAGUCAAAAGUUUGGACACACCUAUUCAUUCCAGGGUUUCUUUAUUUUUUACAAUUUUCUACAUUGUAGAACAUCAAAAGUAUGAAAUACCACAUAAGGAAUCCUGUAGUAACCAAAAAAAUCGAAAUAUAUUUUAUAUUUGAGAUUCUUCAAAGUAGCCACCCUUUUCCUUGAUGACAGCUUUGCACACUCUUGGCAUUCUCUCAAUCAGCUUCAUGAGGGACUCACCUGGAAUGCAUUUCAAUUAACAGGUGUGCCUUGUUCAAAGUUAAUUUGUGGAAUUUAUUUCCUUAGUGCUUUUGAGCCAAUCACUUGUUUUGUGACAAGGUAGGGGUGGUAUACAGAAGAUAGCCCUAUUUGGUAAAAUACCAAGUCCAUAUUAUGGCAAGAACAGCUCAAAUAAGCAAAGAGAAACGAAAGUCUAAUAUUAUUUUAAGCCAUGAAGUUCAGUCAAUCCGGAAAAUUUCAAAAACUUUGAACGUUUCUUCAAGUGCAGUCACAAAAUCCAUCAAGCGCUAGACCCAGAGUUACCUCUGCUGUAAAGUUCAAGUAACAGACACAUCUCAACACUAGCUUGGAGAUCCGUUACAGGAUGUCUGUCACCCCACUGAGCCCCUAUUGCAGGUUAGGGGUCACAUCCACUUGAAUGUCCUUCAUAUGACGAACCUCCUACAGAGCAAAUGAGGAAAAUAUGAUAUAUUAUGAUUUAUGUUAGUAACAAUACAAUAUGGGAAUUUUAUCCCAAAGCUACCUACAGCUAACAUAUAUAUUUAUGUAUGUGAUCUAUGUAAAUAAAGGAGUAUAACACAGCUGUAAAACUGUGAAGGACUAUAUGGUGGAGGCCUACCCAUUUCCCAGGAGCAUUGUAAAAAGUGGAUUUGGGUACAGUGUUUAUUUCCCCCUAAUAUCUUUGAAGAUUACACCUAAAAUAAUUAGGCCUACUUCUUUCUACUGCUGAUCUGAGACCAUUAGGGUUAAACAUUACAGAUAUAAAUGCAAUAUAUGCAGUAGAAAAGAUUGCCUGCCCACCAAAGAAUCAACAUACGUUCUACAUGGUCUAUUUCUAUCUGAAAGUAACACCUCAAUCAAGCUUGUUAAUUGAUCGUUAAGUCCUGUUUGUCAGGUAAAAGGUCAUUAGUGGCCUAUAUAAGCCUCAUACAGGCCACGGGAAGACAUUACCUGUUGAUAACACAGACUAUUCUCAUGAUCAUGGGAGGUGUGAGAGAAUUACUGCUCUUUGUGAUGACUGUGGGGGUUGUCAAAGUUUCUUGUUACCCUGUUGGAAAGUCCCAGAAGCAAGAGCAAGUCUCUCUGCAGAGCAGACUUGGAGAGCUGUCAUCAAAUGACUUCUCCAUUGUGCAUGCCCUGGCCUUGCUCCGAUCCAUAGGGUCUGACGCUAAACAAGACAGAGAAGAGAAUUUAGAGACUAAUGAAGUAGAAUCCCAAGCUUCUCCAAACCAUGGUAGCUCUACGGCAAAUGAUGCCCUGUCCUCUGACGACGCUACCUCUGAAGCUGCCCCUGGCCUGUCUGACGACGCUACCUCUGAAGCUGCCCCUGGCCCGUCUGACGACGCUACCUCUGAAGCUGCCCCUGGCCCGUCUGACGACGCUACCUCUGAAGCUGCCCCUGGCCCGUCUGACGACGCUACCUCUGAAGCUGCCACUGGCCUGUCUGACGACGCUACCUCUGACGCUACCUCUGAAGCUGCCACUGGCCCGUCUGACGACGCUAGCGCUGCCACUGGUCCGUCUGACGAUGCUUCGGCUACCUCUGAAGCUGCCACUGGCCCGUCUGACGACGCUACCUCUGAAGCUGCCACUGGCCCGUCUGACGACGCUACCUCUGAAGCUGCCACUGGCCCGUCUGACGACGCUACCUCUGAAGCUGCCACUGGCCCGUCUGACGACGCUACCUCUGAAGCUGCCACUGGCCCGUCUGACGACGCUAGCGCUGCCACUGGUCCGUCUGACGAUGCUUCCGCUACCUCUGAAGCUGCCACUGGCCCGUCUGACGACGCUACCUCUGAAGCUGCCACUGGCCCGUCUGACGACGCUACCUCUGAAGCUGCCACUGGCCCGUCUGACGACGCUACCUCUGAAGCUGCCACUGGCCCGUCUGACGACGCUACCUCUGAAGCUGCCACUGGCCCGUCUGACGACGCUACCUCUGAAGCUGCCACUGGCCCGUCUGACGACGCUACCUCUGAAGCUGCCACUGGCCCGUCUGACGACGCUACCUCUGAAGCUGCCACUGGCCCGUCUGACGACGCCACCUCUGAAGCUGCCACUGGCCCGUCUGACGACGCCACCUCUGAAGCUGCCACUGGCCCGUCUGACGACGCCACCUCUGAAGCUGCCACUGGCCCGUCUGACGACGCCACCUCUGAAGCUGCCACUGGCCCGUCUGACGACGCCACCUCUGAAGCUGCCACUGGCCCGUCUGACGACGCCACCUCUGAAGCUGCCACUGGCCCGUCUGACGACGCCACCUCUGAAGCUGCCACUGGCCCGUCUGACGACGCCACCUCUGAAGCUGCCACUGGCCCGUCUGACGACGCCACCUCUGAAGCUGCCACUGGCCCGUCUGACGACGCCACCUCUGAAGCUGCCACUGGCCCGUCUGACGACGCCACCUCUGAAGCUGCCACUGGCCCGUCUGACGACGCCACCUCUGAAGCUGCCACUGGCCCGUCUGACGACGCCACCUCUGAAGCUGCCACUGGCCCGUCUGACGACGCCACCUCUGAAGCUGCCACUGGCCCGUCUGACGACGCCACCUCUGAAGCUGCCACUGGCCCGUCUGACGACGCCACCUCUGAAGCUGCCACUGGCCCGUCUGACGACGCCACCUCUGAAGCUGCCACUGGCCCGUCUGACGACGCCACCUCUGAAGCUGCCACUGGCCCGUCUGACGACGCCACCUCUGAAGCUGCCACUGGCCCGUCUGACGACGCCACCUCUGAAGCUGCCACUGGCCCGUCUGACGACGCCACCUCUGAAGCUGCCACUGGCCCGUCUGACGACGCCACCUCUGAAGCUGCCACUGGCCCGUCUGACGACGCCACCUCUGAAGCUGCCACUGGCCCGUCUGACGAUGCUAGCGCUGCCACUGGUCCGUCUGACGACGCUUCCGCUACCUCUGAAGCUGCCACUGACCCGUCUGACGACGCUACCUCUGAAGCUGGCCCGUCUGACGACGCUACCUCUGAAGCUGCCGCUGGCCAGUCUGACCAUGCCAUUGAGGAACUGUUAAUUUCUGCAUCUGAGCCCCCGUUGACCACAAGCAUGGAUAUCUGAUGUGGGACAUGGUGCUCGGUGUCCAUGCAAGAGUUCGUGGGUAUUCUAGUCCAGGUUGUGUGUGUAACUGCAUUUUUUGUUUUGGCUCAAUUAAACGUUAACUGUAAUACUUGUGUCCUCAGUAUUGUUUUGACGGUUCCUACUUGCAGUUGAGGUCUAUGACUUGAGUAACUGUGGUGAUGGCAACAUUUAUUUUGCAUUAUAACCAUGCUUUGGCAUCAGCAAUAUGUUUACUUUGACCCCUGUGCUUAAAUCACCAUUUGCCUUAAGCUACAUUUGGUCAAAUUAUGCUAGUAGCAUCACAUGAUGUGGAAUGGGUUCUAGUUCAUUUAAACUUGAUGGUUGUGGAACUGAGUUUUGGGUUUGUACAUUAGGCUGUUGCUAGACUCGGGGUUAAUGGUGUCAGUGCUAACUAAUAUCACGGUUGUCAACUUGCAUUUAAAUGACUCUUUUGGGUAUCUUCUCUCGUAACUGACUUGGUUUCCAAUUAGUGAAUGCUUACAUGUAAAACCAGCUCUCGUAUCAUUAGCCCAUCUUUUUGGCGGGUUGUCUUCAUAUCCCAGUGCCAAUCCAAACUUUCAGGUUUAAAUAAGUCAAUGCUAACCUGUCUUAGCUGGCAGGCUGCUAUCAUGUCCAGGCUCUCCCAGAGUUGCUUGUAGCGCCGCUAACCUAGGGUUUGAGGGCAGGAACAGUUUGACCAGGAUUUCCCACCCACUCCGAUUUACAUGGGAUAAACCAUUGGAAGAAACCGGUAAAUUUCUAUGUGAAGCGUGAGGAAGUCUGUUCAUACAGGCCUUCUCUAGCCGCAUGAUGAAGGUAUCUGCUGAUGAAGGUAUCUGCUGUAAUUCAAACAUUUCUGUGGCACCGCUUUACUCAAUUAUGCCAACCAAAUCCAGAUAGCAAAUGUUCUGAAAGAGCUGCAAAACCUGGACCCAUACAAAUCAGCUGGGUUUGACAAUCUAGACCCUCUAUUUCUGAAACUAUCCGCCGCCAUUGUCGCAACCCCUAUUACCAGCCUGUUCAACCUCUCUUUCAUAUCGUCUGAGAUCCCCAAGGAUUGGAAAGCUGAAGCGGUCAUCCCCUUCUUCAAAGGGGGAGACACCCUGGACCUAAACUGUUAGACCUAUAUCCAUCCUGCCUAAGGUCUUCGAAAGCCAAGUUAAUAAACAGAUCACUGACCAUCUCGAAUUCCAUUGACCUCCUCCACUGUGCAAUCCGGUUUCCGAGCCGGUCACGGAUGCACCUCAGCCACGCUCAAGGUACUAAACGAUAUAACCGCCAUCGAUAAAAGACAGUACUGUGCAGCCGUCUUCAUCGACCUGGCCAAGGCUUUCGACUCUGUCAAUCACCAUAUUCUUAACGGCAGACUCGGUAGCCUCGGUUUUUCUGAUGACUGCCAUGUCUGGUUCACCAACUACUUUGCAGACAUAGCUCAGUGUGUCAAAUCGGAGUGCAUGUCUGGUCCUCUGGCGGUUCCGACCUAGAAUAUGUGGACAUCUAUAAAUACCUAGGUGUCUGGCUAGACUGUAAACUCUCCUUCCAGACUCAUAUCAAACAUCUCCAAUCCAAAAUAAAAUCAAGAAUCGGCUUCCUAUUUCGCAACAAAGCCCCCUUCACUCACGCCGCCAAACUUACCCUAGUAAAACUGACUAUCUUACCGAUCCUCGACUUCGGCGAUGUCAUCUACAAAAUAGCUUCCAAUACUCUACUCAGCAAACUAGAUGCAGUUUAUCAUAGUGCCAUCCGUUUUGUUACUAAAACACCUUAUACCACCCACCACUGCGACCUGUAUGCUCUAGUCGGCUGGCCCUCGCUUCAUAUUCGUCGCCAGACCCGCAGGCUCCAGGUCAUCUAUAAGUCUAUGCUAGGUAAAGCUCCGCCUUAUCUCAGUUCACUAGUCACGAUAACAACACCCACCCGUAGCACGUGUUCCAGCAUGUAUAUCUCACUGGUCAUCCCCAAAUCCAACACCUCUUUUGGCCGCCUUUCCUUCCAGUUCUCUGCUGCCAGUGACUGGAACCAAUUGAAAAAAAUCGCUGAAGUUGGAGACUUUUAUUUCCCUCACCAACUUUAAACAUCAACUAUCUGAGCAGCUAACCGAUCGCUGCAGCUGUACAUAGUCCAUCUGUAAGUAGCCCACCCAAUCUACCUACCUCAUCCCCAUACUGUUUUUAUUUCAUUUACUUUUCUGCUUUUUUGCACACCAGUAUCUAUACUUGCACAUCAUUAUCUGCUCAUUUAUCACUCCAGUGUUAAUCUGCUAAAUUGUAAUUAUUUGCUCCUAUGACCUAUUUAUUGCCUACCUCCUCAUGCCUUUUGCACACACUGUAUAUAGACUUUCUUUUUUCUACUGUGUCAUUGGCUUGUUUAUUGUUUAUCCCAUGUGUAACUCUGUGUUGUUCUCUGUGUCACACUGCUUUGCUUAUCUUGGCCAGAAUUUCUUGAUGAUGCUCUUCGAGACAAGUUUGUAUGUGGUCUCACAGGUGAAGCAUAUCACAGAAGGCUUCUGUCAGAGAAGGACCUGACCUUUCGGAAAGCCUGUGAUAUCGCACUUGGACUCGAGCUUGCCCACAGGGAUACUAUUGAGCUAUCGGGAUAUGCAGAACGUCAGAAAGGUGUUCACAAGGUCAGUGAUGCACGUGGUGAAAAAGGCUCACAAAAGUCACACUUUUCUCAGUCCCGUCCUCAAGGUUACACAAGAACAAAGCAGCCCACAUCUCAAAGGUCUAAGCCAAGUUGCUACAGAUGUGGGGGAGAUAAUCAUCAGCACAGUGAAUGUCGAUUCCAAAACGUAAAGUUCCACAAUUGUGGAAAGGUUGGACAUUUACAGAAAGUGUGUAAAGCCUCAAAACGCACAGCGAGAGCGCACUAAGUGUCAGACGCAGCACAAGAAGAGGAAGGUACUACUGAAACAGUAUUGGAACUGUCCACAGUGUACACAGCUCAACAACAAAAAGAUGGAAUCUAUCUCAACAUGGAGUUAGCGUGAAAACCGGUAAAAAAGCAGCUGGACACGAGCGUCUGUAUCUCUGGUUCCAGAGAGACUCUACAAAGAAAAACUGAAAGAGUGCCCUCUUCAGCCAGCGUCCAUCCGCCUUUCUUCAUACACUGGUGACACUAUUCCUGUGUUAGGGCAGAUCCAGGUACCAGUCCGGUAUGAGGGGAAGGAGUGGACGCUACCGCUUGUCAUUGUUAAAGGAGAAAAAUCAGCCUUGCUAGGCAGAAAUUGGCUACAAAAGAUCAAGUUGAACUGGGGAGAAAUCUUCAGUCUGAGAAAGGACAAACCAGUGAGUCAGGCUACACUCACUAACAUGCUGGAGAAGCACAAAGAAGUUUUCAAAGAUGGCUACGGCGAAAUACAAGACUUCACAGCAAAAGUCAGAGUGCAAGAAGGAACCAAGCCUAUCUUUCACAAACCACGUCCAGUUCCCUAUGCUCUUAAGGAAGCAGUAGAGAAGGAACUGGACCGCCUACAGAAGAAUAACAUAAUCACGAAAGUAGCGAGAAGCGACUGGGCCGCUCCGAUUGUUGUAGUCCCAAAGAAAGACAAGACCGUCAGAAUGUGCGGUGACUACAAGGUCACAGUAAAUCGCUGCAUACUACCAGAGGAAUAUCCACUACCAAACGCUGAAGAUCUGUUUGCCACUCUAGCUGGUGGGAAGGUUUUCAGUAAGCUGGACCUGGCAUUUGCUUAUCAGCAACUGAAGCUGGAUCCGGAGUCAGAACAGUAUCUGACCAUCAAUACACACAAGGGGCUAUUCAGAUUCAAUCGCUUGGCCUACGGAAUCUCGACAGCUCCAGCGAUAUUCCAACACACAAUGGUUUAGGACAUUCA